AUGGCUUCAUAUGAAGCUUUGUAUGGGAGGAAAUGUAGAACCUCAGUAUGUUGGGAUGAAGUUGGUGAGAGGAAGUUGUUCGGACUAGAAUUGGUGCAAAUCACUACUGAUACUAUUAAAAUCAUUAGGGAGAAACUUAAGACAGCUCAGGAUCGCCAGAAAAGUUAUGCUAACAAACAUCGUCGAGAUUUGGAAUUCGAGGUGGGAGAUAGAGUUUUUCGAAAGCUUUCUCCUUGGAAAGGAGUGCUAUGCUUUGUUAAGAAAGGAAAACUAAGUCCAAGAUAUAUAGGACCAUAUGAAAUUCUAGAACGCAUAGACCCAUCAACCUACCGUUUGGCACAGCCAAUGGAGCUUUCUAGGAUACAUGAUGUCUCCCAUGUGUCAAUGUUGCGUAAAUAUAUAUCGGACCCAUCUCAUGUUCUAGAAUCACAACCAUUGCAACUUAAGGAAAAUUUAUCCUAUGAGGAAGAACCUAUACAAAUCAUAGAAAAGAAGGAGCAGGUAUUGAGGAACAAGAAAAUUCCACUAGUCAAAGUGUUGUGGAGACACCAUGCAGUGGAAGCAGCAACUUGGGAAAGCGAACAACAAAUGAGAGCCAAAUAUCCUCAUUUUUUCUCUUGA